AUGUCCUCCGAAGACGUGAAGAAGGGUGCUGGAAGAAGCCGUCGAAACCCAGCAGGCAAUUUGAUCUCCCCCGAGUCGUCCGAGGAGUCAGAGAAUCCGCCACUCCUGGUGAUUCCGGCUCGAUAUCGCACCACGACAACCUCGCUUCCUCGUCUCCCCUUUGUACCAUCGUACAGGGUACUUACCGAUUCAGCUAAAAAGGUCGAGCGAUCCAUUCAAAAUCGAGUCGUCGAAACAAUAAAGCACUACCGCCUUGCGAAAGAGGAGGAGUACUAUGUAGACAUCGGUAACCGAGAGACACAAGAUUGUCCAGAGACAGCGGAGCCCACGAUCUUUGUUGUAUUCGACACCUACCCGAAAGACCAUGAUGCAGUGGUCGCUGCGGUCAAAGAUGUUGCCAGUUUUGCGCGUCACGAACUCAGGCAGGUCGACAUCUCUGCUCCAUCAUUCCAUAUCGAAAUGAUUGACAGACGACUCGUUGCUCGCGUCUUCUGUGAUGUUGUCGAAAACCGACCCGACCUCCUUCAGUCCUGGGACCAGAUCAAAGCCCUCGUCUAUCAACGCCUUGAGAGCCACGACGGCACCAAGGGCCACAUGACUUCAAUCAGUCUUUACCGCUACGGCAUGAGUUGGGCUGAGACCAAAAACCCGAUUACAAUUUUCAUCACGGUAGAUUUCGACUCUCCUGAGCCCACGUGGCCCGAGGUCAUCGAUGACAUUGAGAAGCAACUUGCAGCACACAGUUUCCCAGCUCUCUACAUCCACAUUGAACACAACAUUGGCUACCACCUUGCACCUCCGACAUUUACGCUGGUGCCCCCCACUGGUACGGACAAACAGAUUACCAAAAGGGCCAAAGAAAGCCAUGCGAUCAUUCUGGAUGACUACAGUACUGUCGUGAACCUAGGCGACUCCAUGGGACCGGCCAAGUAUGUCGAAGAUAACGAUGGUUCCAAGCACUUUCCAGGCCAUGGUACUCUGGGGUGCUAUGUGGAGAUCAAAACCGCGCAAUCUCCAGAGUGGGAGAAGUACGCAUUAACCAACUACCAUGUCAUCCGUGGGACUCUUAGUGGCUUCAGUACUGGAGAAGUCAACGGGAAGAGGAUUCCACUCCCACCACCUGCCCGCUCCAAUCUCCGGAGAGCUGACGAAGUUGGGCUGGCACCUGGCCAACAUGGUCAUUUAUCCUCAAUGGAAAGUCCAUCGCGCACAAAGCACAAUUACACAAUGUGGCAUGCUGAGAAUACUAUCCAAGAUUGCAACACCAGAGAACAGGAGAUCAUGACGAGGAAUGUCGACGACGACGAGACCAAGACAAGGCACAUUGAAAUACUCAAAAACGCAAAGGCCAAAGCGACUACAGACAUGGACAAGAAGCUAGACUUUUUUAACCGCCAGAACAAUAUCCUGGGUAAGGUUUACGCGGCGUCGGGCUUCACUAAAAAGACAGACGAGAAUGGGAGACUUGACUGGGUGCUGGUUAAGGUCAACAAGUCUCGAAUCGGGACGAACCGGUUGCCAGACGAAAGGGCUUGGCUCAAACAGGGUGCUUUGACAAUGCCCAUCUUGACAUAUGGCGAGCAGCUCAAGGCCCAGGUCAGCAGUAUCAGGCUUGGACAUUCCGACCGCUGCACAACAGGAUACAAGCUGGGAACGACCACCGGUGCCACGUGUGGUGUAUUCAAUGAGUUCAAGACUGGCAUCGACCUUCGCGACGACAGACAUCUUGGGCCCAUCUUAUCUGACGAGUACGUCUUUCGCCAGGAACAGAUCGGACAAACCCAACACUUUGCUGCACCAGGCGACUCGGGUUCUGUGGUCUUUGACUUUUAUGGGCGUGUUGUUGGGCUCAUUUUUAGAGGAAUGAAACCUAACAAUGACCGAACGAUCGGACAUACUUACGUGACGCCUAUUGAGCACGUUUUCAAGGACAUUGUGGAGUCCUCCAAGGGGAAGAUUGUGGAUAUUCGGAUUGCGCAGUGA